CGCUUGCGCUGUCUGUGUCCCCUCCAGCAGCUCUGCUCGCUGUCCGGACGGGUGCUCUGCCGGCCUGUUUUGGGGCACGUGUCUGUGCAGUGCGGCUAUCGCGGAGACUCCCCCACGGACUCGGGGAAGGACAUCCUAGAGAUCCCCUUACCACCCUGGCAGGAGCGCCCCAAUGAGCCGCUGGAGACCAAGCGAGCCCGACUGCUGUAUGAGAGCAGGAAGAGGGGCAUGCUGGAGAACUGCAUUCUGCUCAGCCUCUUUGCAAAGGAGAACCUGAAUCGCAUGAGUGAACGGCAGCUGAACCUCUAUGACCGGCUCAUCAAUGAGCCCAGCAAUGACUGGGACAUUUACUACUGGGCAAUAGAAGCGAAACCCACGCCAGCUGUGUUUGAGAACGACGUCAUGGCCAUGCUGAAGGAGUUUGCCAAGAACAAGAACAGGGAGCAGAGGCUGCGGCAGCCAGAUCUGGAGUAUCUCUUUGAGUCACCCCGCUGAUGGCAGGGCUGCCUUCUGCCUCCUCAUCUCUUGGAGCUGUGCAGGGCCACCAGGGUCUCUGUGGCAACCUCAGUGCUGCUGUGCUGCCCUCCCCUGUGGCCCUUCUCCUCUGGCGGUGGCUGCUCUCUUGGACUCUCAGGGCACAGCAAAUAAAGCUAUGGCUGCUA